AUGGGCCUGCUAAUUGCCCUUCAGUAUGUCCUGAGGGUUAGAGCUGGUGGCUUAUGCCACGGAGGGCUGCCAUGCUCUCACCAUAUUUGGAUCUCGUCAGGAACAACUGGGAAAAGUAGGGCUUGCCCCCUUGGUGAUACCAGUGUGGCAUGCACCCAACUGGGAAAUUGCAUAGCUACACGAUGGGGUGCCUUAAACCUACUCUGCGUGGCCAGGCGAGUCUUUUGGGGAGGGGAACAACCAGGCAGUUCGGUGGCCCCUUACAUGCCAGUGAUUGAAUGGUGCCUCAACGUGAAUCGAUGCAUGAGUGGCUUCACACCUGGCUCCCUUGUGAGAUAUUGGAUGGGGCUCUUUGGAAGUAAAAGCAUGAAGAGGAGCAUCGAAUUUGGCAAUUCGCCAUGGCUCCAUAUGUUGACGGUGCAGGCACGCCUGAAAAAGGGAGACAAGGCCAAGCACAAGUGGGACUCCGAUGGCAUUGUAAAGAAGACAAUUGUGAAGAAGUCCAAGAAACAAGCAAGUGAUGCCCCAAAAGUUUCAGUGAGUGGUGGGCCAAAGCUAAAGGAAACACAGAGCUAUCCAGCUCGUUUCUGCCGUGCUAUUGCUGGCUACCACAAGAAGUGGUGCAUUGACUCCGUCCUGGCGUUCUUGAAGAAAGAGAUCUCCACGAAGAAAUUUGAGCCUCAGGUCCACGUACCAGUGACACUUGCACCACUGACACCCCAGCAGGUGAAGAAGACUUUCAAGCUCUUGCUCAUGGGAAGAAAAGGCAAAGCUUCGGAUGAGACGGACAAGAAUGGAGAGUUUUGUCAAAGUGACCCCAAUAAAAUCAAGGCUAUACUUCAACAAGCAAAAGACAAGGUAGCCGCGGCUGCCUCAAAGGUAGCACCUGUGCCUGACAAGACCCCUGCAACACGCGCACGUGGUAAGACUCCUGACCCAGGUGGAAAGAAAUCCAGUGGCCUUUCCAUCAAAGCAGUCCCCAUGCCAGCAAAGUCCCCGACCAGUGCAGUGUCUGAAGUGCCUAGUAGCAGCUCUCCUACUACCCCAGCUAGCACACCUCGCCCUGUCACUAGCCAUCACACACCUUUGCCGGCAACCAAGGUUGAUGGUGAUGUGGCAAAGCAUGUGAAAAGUGGAGAUGGGAACGGGAAGGAAGGUGAAAAGAGCACACCCACGACAGUUGCAACCACCAGUCCAGCAGAUUCAGACCAGGUCGAAGCUGCGCCUACUCCCAGGAAAUUGAAUUUGGAUGAUGGAGAGGAAUGGUAUGACAGUCAGAGGGAUUAUUGGGGUAGCAAAGGCCAAUCAUGGUGGCAGCAUGGACAUGGGGGUUACUAUGAUGAUUACAUAUAUUGGCAACGAUGGAAGCAGAAUUCGUGGUAUGACUACCAGCCACCUUGGUGGGAUCCAUAUUGCGUUUCUGGUGCAGAUGACAUGAGGGUAGCCUUUCAAGCAAGAUUUCCCACAAAGACUGAGUUUGGUGGUUCUAGCCAAGAGCUUCCAUCACCCGCUGAGUCAUUGGGUGGGGCCUCUGCUCUGGCAGCGGCUGCAAAGGCUGAUGAGCAUGGACCGACAACCCCGGCCAUUGGUGAACCUUCGUCCAAUGCUCAUCCUGAUGGUGAGGCACCAAGGAGUGAGGAGAGUACCAGGGACUUGGGAAGUGAAAAUCGGCUGCCAGAGGAGAGUACCAGGGAAGAGGACUUGGAAAGCGAAAAUCGGCUGCCAGAGGAGAGUACCAGGGAAGAGGACUUGGAAAGUGAAAAUCGGCUGCCAGAGAGUACCAAGGAAUGGGACUUGGAAAGUGAAGAGAAACCGACACCCACAGUAGAACAAGAAACACCAGAGACUUCAGCUGCAGAGCAAGAUACACAAGAAGAGCUUAGUGAUGCCAGGACCGAAGCAAAAGAGCCAUCGGCACCAUCAGCACCCAGCGCAAGCGCACCCGAAGCAGCAGACAGCGCAACAGCACCCCAAGCAGCGUCCAGCGCAAUCGCACCCAAAGCAGCGCCCAGCACAAGCGCACCUGAAGCACGCAGCGCAACAGCUCCCCAUCCAAAACAAAACCCCCCUGCUCAUGAAGCUCAAGCGUUGGAAACCUGGCGCUGUGACAAGUAUGGAAGACCUUUGCAACCCAGAGCCUUGUACAUGAGGUUCUACCGCAACAUCAGAUCAGAAUCUGACAAGGCACCCCCCGAAGAAAUGAAGGAGAAAAUUGAAGAAGCUAUGAAGUGUAACUAG